UUCUGGAUCCGGUAAUAUGUGAAUAAUGCACGCUAGUUUGCCGGAUUUGACGCAAUGCUGCAGAGUUAGCAGAUCGGAUUGAACACAGCAGGAAAAACACAGCAGAGAGAUGUGGUGGGUGCUGUGGGUGCUCGCUGCCUUGCUGGCUCUCUUCUGCACCCUGGAUGUGUGGUACUUCCUCCGGGUAGCUGCUGUGAUUGCACGGGCCUGGUUCCAGCCUCCAAUCUGGGACGUCACAGCGGAGCAGAUCCAAACAGGCCGCGUCUCCCCCGGGGAUAUUGACAUGUGCCACAUGAACAACGCCCGUUACCUCCGGGAGUGCGACUUUGCCCGCUUCUCUCUCUACAUGCGCAACGGGGUGUUCAAGGCGCUGCGAGCUCUCAAAGCUUCCAUGGUGGUGGGGGCCACCACCAUCCGCUACCGCCGGGCCCUCUGCAUAGGCGAGGGGUACGAGCUGCGGAGUCGCGUCGUCACCUGGGAUGACAAGGCUUUCUUCCUGGAGCAGAGAUUCGUGUCGACAAAGGACGGUGUGGUGUGUGCCGUCAUGUACUGCAAGCAGAGUGUCGUACGCAGCAGCCCGGACAAGAUCAUGCAGCACCUGUGUAAGCGGAAGGUGGAGUGCCCGGAGUUUCCUGAGGACCUUCAGCACUGGGUCAACUUCAUCUCCGCCAGCAGCCAGGCCCUCAGAGCCGAGAGCGGACUAGACGAGAAGAACAAAUGAGGUGUCGCUCGGAGAGCUUUAGGAUUGGCUCCUCGUGUGACAGCUAAUUUACCUGCUUUGGGAUUAAAGAACGUUUGUCUCCUGUUAACAAUGACUUGAUUUAAACACACGUGCGCCUGUACACAUCUGAAUGCAGGGUUUACUUGCAACUGAAUACCCGUCAACACCGGAAGAACUAUCACUGGUGAGGCUGAAACUGGAUUGCUCUUUCAGUAAUGAUGAAGUAUUAUAAUUGUAUAAAGUGAAUCUUUGUGUAUAACGGCAGCAAUAAAACAGAUUUUGAAAUACUA